AUGGACGAGGAGAUUACCUUCAGACCAAGGGAUGCCGUCCCCCUGGCUUCCGGGAACCACGAAGCCAUCGUGAUAGACAUUGUCACCAACAACUACCGGGUGAAAAAGGUGUAUAUCGACCAGGGUAGCGCGGUGGACAUUAUGUUCUAUCGGGUAUUCAAGGAGCUCGGAUUAAGGGAUGACCAGCUGACCCCGGUCCGGACACCUCUGGUAGGCUUCACCGGACCACCCAUCAGCUCGGAAGGGAUGAUCACCCUAAUGGUCACAGUAGGACAGGCUCCCAAAUGCCGGACCGUUCCCGUUAACUUUGUGGUGGUCAAGCAGUCGUCCCCGUACAAUGUGUUCCUGGGGAGACCUGCUUUGAACGCCCUCCGGGCUAUUCCCUCUACCUUCCACCUCAGCAUCAAGUUCCCCACCCCUGGAGGGAUAGCCGAGGUGCGCGGCGACCCAGAGGUAGCCAGGGCUUGCUACCUGGCCACGCUCCGGGGGCAGGAGAAGGUGGUCGCCCAGACAACCUGUUUGGAGCCCUACAUCCCAGGAGAUGAGGCCCAACAGCUGGGCACCCAGGAUGAGAUUGAGGAGUUCCCCCUAAGGGAGGAUCGACCCGAUCAGGUCAUCCGCAUCGGGGCAUUACUGCCCCCCGAGGAGAAGGAAGGCUUGAAGGUUUUAUUGAGAGAAUACUCCCAGGUCUUCGCGUGGAUGGUGGAGGACAUGCCGGGGAUCCCUACAGACCUGGCAGUCCAUCACCUCAACGUGGACCCUAACUUCAAACCAGUGAAACAGAAGAAAAUGAGCUUUGCCCCCGAGAGGAAUGAGGUGAUCAAGGCAGAGGUUGGCAAGUUGCUGGAGUCCAAGAUCAUCCUGGAGGUCUACUACCCGACCUGGCUGGCCAAUCCCGUUCUGGUCAGGAAGGACGACCAGACCUGGAGGAUGUGUGUAGACUUCACGGACCUUAACAAAGCCUGCCUGAAAGACUGCUUUCCCCUGCCUAGAAUCGACAGGUUAGUAGACUCUACUGUGGGUUUUGACGUUUUAUGCUUUCUGGAUGCUUUUAAGGGAUACCAUCAGAUCGAGAUGGCUGAGGAGGACCGCGAUAAGACCUCCUUCAUCACCGAGGAAGGAACCUACUGCUAUAGGACCAUGCCGUUUGGACUGAAGAACGCGGGAGCCACUUACCAGCGCCUGGUCAACAAGUUGUUCCAAAAUCAGAUCGACAAAAACAUGGAGGUAUAUGUGGACGACAUGAUCGUCAAAAGCCGAACUGACCAACGGCUCAUACCCGACCUGAGAGAGAUCCUGGACAUCCUACAGGAAAGCCGGAUGCGCCUAAAUCCGAAGAAGUGCACCUUCGGGGUCAGAUCAGGAAGGUUUUUGGGUUUCCUGGUGUCCCGGGAGGGAAUUCGGGCCAACCCGGAUAAGCUCCAGGCCAUCAUGGAACGUAAAGGAGGUUCAACGGCUAACGGGGAGGAUGGCAGCCCUGAGCAGGUUCCUCUCGCGCUCCGCGAGGAGUGCCAGAAGGCCUUCAUCGACCUGAAGGCCUAUCUGGCUGAGCUGCCCACUUUGACCGCCCCGGAACUAGGGGAGACUCUGUUCCUUUACCUAUCCGCCUGCAACGAGGCCAUCAGCGCAGUCUUGGUGCGGAAGGAUGGGGGGGUUCAGAGACCGGUGUACUACGUUAGCCGAGCUCUACAGGGACCAGAGACGAGGUACACGUCGGCGGAGAAACUGGUCCUGGCCCUGGUACACGCUGCUCGCAAACUCCGCCCCUAUUUCCAGGCUCACAGCAUUAUAGUCCUGACUGACCAGCCCCUGCGUCAGAUACUCACCAGGCCCGAGGUCUCGGGCAGGAUGACCAAAUGGGCCGUCGAGCUAGCCGAGCAUGACAUCGGUUAUCGGCCUCGCAAAGCUAUCAAGGCCCAGGCCUUGGCAGACUUCCUUGCUGAGGGGGCUAGCUUGAGCCUAACCGAGCUAAGCCCCCUGCACAAGGAAACAGUGCCGAAGGAGCCCUGGGUGUUGUUCGUAGAUGGUGCCUCUAGCAAGGAAGGAAGCGGAGCUGGCCUGCUGCUCACCUCGCCCGCGGGGGAAGAACUGACCUAUGCGCUUAGGUUCGACUUCCCUGCGUCCAACAACGAGGCAGAGUACGAGCCCUUGUUGACGGGGUUGCGGAUAGCCCACCAGAUGGGCAUCACCGCGAUCCGGGUUCGGAGCGACUCUCAGCUCGUCGUCCUCCAGAUCCGUGGGGAGUAUGAGGCCAAGGACGAGGUAAUGAAGAAAUACCUGGCUAAGGUACGAGAGGUGGUAGCCCUGUUCGAGACCUUUGAGAUUGAGCGGGUGCCAAGGUCCCAAAACAAGCGCGCGGACGCCUUGUCCAAGCUGGCGUCCUCCUCGUUCGCCCACCUGAGCAAGGAGGUCUUGGUAGAGGUGGUGAAGCAGAAAAGUAUCGACCAGGUCCGGGUCCUGGCGAUAGACAGCUCGGCCACCUGGAUGGCUCCCCUUAUUGACUUCCUUAGCUCGGGUGCCCUGCCCGAGAACAAAACCGAGGCUCGCCGAAUCCAGAUCCGAGCUGCCAAAUACGCCUACGCCGGGGGAACGCUCUAUAGGAGGUCGUAUUUGUCCCCCUGGCUAAAGUGCGUGACGCCCGAGGAAGGUGACUACGUUCUGCGCGAAAUCCAUGAAGGUAUAUGUGCGGCACACGUCGGGUCCCGGGUGUUGGCCAAAAAGUGCCUCCUUUUGGGCUACUAUUGGCCCUCCGUCUUCCGAGAUGCAGCAGAUCUGGCCCAAAAAUGCCGAGCUUGCCAGGUGCACGCUUCGCUGCGCCAUCAGCCAGCUCGGGAGAUGUGGGUGGAAGCGGAGCCCCUGGUCUCUAUCUCUGGAAAGGCGAUUCAGAAAUUCUUCUUGAGGAACAUAGUUUGUUGCUUUGGGAUUCCGCACGUCCUGAUAUCCGACAACGGCCGCCAGUUCGCCGAGAACCCUUUCCGGAGCUGGUGCGCUGAGCUCGGAAUCAACCAACACUUCGCGUCGGUUGGCCACCCCCAGGCCAAUGGUCAAGUGGAGAACGCUAACCAAACGGACGGCUACUCACGAGACCCCGUUCUCCCUAACUUACGGAGCAGAGGCUGUGGUGCCCGCAGAGGUUGGUCUUCCCUCACCCAGAACACAGAACUUCGUGGCAGCAUCCAACGAGAAGAGCUUAGGUGUAACUUGGACAUGCUCGAAGUCAGGCGUGAGGAAGCGGCUAUUCGAAUGGCUAAGUAUAAAAGCCAGCUUGCUCGCUAUCACAACGCCAAAGUGAAGACUAUACAGUACCAGCCAGGAGACCUGGUCUUGCGAAAGAACUCGAUCAGCAGAGCUCAUAGUUCCAACAAGCUCGACCCAAACUGGGAGGGUCCGUACAAGGUCCUUGAGGUGAGCCGAGCUGGCUACUGCAGGCUCGCUAAGAUGGAUGGAUCUGAAGUACCUCGGACUUGGCACUUCUCCAAUUUACGAUUGUUUGUAGCAUAG